GCGGCGGCGGCGGCGGCGUCCACCCUAAGCUAGGCUCCGGGUGUGUUUAUUUGCAUGCGCGGGCGCGCUCCGUCCGGCUGGGCGGGCUCCGCGGAAUUUGACUGCUCCGCGGUCCCAAGCCAAAGAAGGGUUGCUGUGCAGUAAGCGCGGAUGCUUUACACCUGGGCCGCAAAGGUGAGGGAGGAGUUUGGAUUGCCACCUCCCCUCGGGGACUUAAAGCAGCCUCCAUAGCGUCGGGAGUGGUACCGGGCUUCCAGGGUGCAGCUGCUGCCCGAGGGAAGGAGGGACAGUCCGAGUGGCCCUCCUUUCUUUGUGUCUGGGGUGGGGUCCACCGAGAGGGCGGCCCAGGGGCCAGGCCUCACCUCGGCGCCCCGGAACUGUGUUGCCCGCCCGCGGAGGUCACGCCUACCUUUCCGCGGGUUGGAGGUCCCUGGGAGUCUUCAGGCACCCCGGGCUGCGGAAGCCCUGGUGAGGCACCUGGGAGACUUGGACUUGACCGGGGGCUGCGCCCCAAAUCCUGCUGCCUUUCGGAAGUGCCGGUUACCCAUUCCCAAAUUUGAUUUCCAAGUCUGUCCCUGCAGGGCUGCUUUCCUAGUAAGACGUUGGUGCGAAGGUUUGGCUCAUGGUUAACAGCUCAGAGAGAGAAACACUUGAGGGAGGAUGGAUGCAAAAGCUCGAAAUUGUUUGCUUCAACAUAGAGAAGCCCUGGAAAAGGACAUCAAAACAUCCUACAUAAUGGAUCACAUGAUUAGUGAUGGAGUUUUAACACCCUCAGAGGAGGAAAAAGUGAAAAAUGAGCCUACUCAACAGCAUCGAGCAGCAUUGCUAAUUAAAAUGAUACUUAAAAAAGAUAAUUAUUCCUACAUAUCAUUCUACAAUGCUUUACUACAUGAAGGGUAUAAAGACCUUGCCAUCCUUCUCCACGGUGGCCUUCCUGUCAUCUCUUCUUCCAAUGGCAAAGAUUCAUUUGGUGGAAUAACUUCAUAUGUGAGAACAGUCCUGUGUGAAGGAGGAGUCCCACAGAGGCCAGUUGUUUUUGUUACUCGGAAGAAGCUGGUGAAUGCAAUUCAGCAGAAGCUCUCCAAACUGAAUGGUGAACCAGGAUGGGUCACUGUACAUGGAAUGGCAGGUUGUGGGAAGUCUGUGUUAGCUGCAGAAGCUGUUAGAGAUCAUGUCUUCUUACAAGAUUGUUUCCCAGGGGGUGUGCAUUGGGUUUCGGUUGGGAAGCAAGACAAAUCUGGGCUUCUGAUGAAACUGCAGAACCUUUGUACACGGUUGGAUCAGGAUGAGAGUUUCUCCCAGAGGCUUCCACUUAAUAUUGAAGAGGCUAAAGACCGUCUCCGCAUUCUGAUGCUGCGCAAACACCCCAGGUCUCUGUUGAUCUUGGAUGAUGUUUGGGAUCCUUGGGUGUUAAAAGCUUUUGACAAUCAAUGUCAGAUUCUUCUUACAACCAGAGACAAGAGUGUUACAGAUUCAGUAAUGGGUGUUAAAUAUGUGGUUGCUGUGGAGAGUGGCUUAGGAAAAGAAAAAGGACUUGAAAUUUUAUCCCUUUUUGUUAAUAAGAAGAAAUCAGAUUUGCCAGAACAAGCUCAUAGUAUUAUAAAAGAAUGUAAAGGUUCUCCUCUUGUGGUGUCUUUAAUUGGUGCUCUUUUACGUGACUUUCCCGACCGCUGGGAGUACUACCUCAGGCAGCUUCAGAAUAAGCAGUUCAAGAGGAUAAGGAAAUCUUCGUCUUAUGAUUAUGAGGCCCUGGAUGAGGCCAUGUCUAUAAGUGUCGACAUGCUCAGAGAAGAUAUCAAAGGGUAUUACACAGAUCUCUCCAUCUUUCAGAAGGAUGUUAAGGUGCCUACAAAGGUGUUAUGUGUUCUCUGGGACAUGGAAACUGAAGAAGUUGAAGACAUACUGCAGGAGUUUGUUAAUAAGUCUCUCUUGUUCUGUGAUCGGAAUGGAAAAUCAUUUUGGUAUUAUUUGCAUGAUCUUCAAGUAGAUUUCCUUACAGAGAAGAACCGCACCCAGCUUCAGGAUCUACAUAAGAAGAUAAUCACUCAGUUCCAGAGAUAUCACCAGCCACAUACUCUCUCAUUAGAUCAGGAGGACUGCAUGUACUGGUACAAUUACCUGGCCUAUCACAUGGCCAGUGCCAAUAUGCACAAAGAGCUUCGUGCUUUAAUGUUUUCCCUGGAUUGGAUUACAGCAAAAACGGAACUUGUAGGCCCUGCUCAUCUGAUUCAUGAGUUUGUGGAAUACCGGCAUAUACUGGAUGAAAAGGAUUGUGCAGUCUGUGAGAAUUUCCAGGAGUUUUUAUCUUUAAACGGACAUCUUCUUGGACGACAACCAUUUCCUAAUAUUGUACAGCUGGGUCUCUGUGAACUGGAAACUUCAGAAGUGUAUCAGCAAGCUAAGCUGCAGGCCAAGCAGGAGGUCGAUAAUGGAAUGCUUUACCUGGAGUGGAUAAACAAAAAGACCAUCAAGAACCUGUCUCGCUUGGUUGUCCGCCCCCACACAGAUACCGUUUACCAUGCCUGCUUUUCUGCGGAUGGGCACAGGAUAGCUUCCUGUGGAGCUGAUAAAACCUUACAGGUGUUCAAAGCUGAAACAGGAGAGAAACUUCUAGAAAUCAAGGCUCAUGAAGAUGAAGUGCUUUGCUGUGCAUUCUCUGCAGAUGACAAAUUUAUAGCAACCUGCUCAGGGGAUAAAAAAGUGAAGAUUUGGAAUUCCAUGACCGGGCAACAGGUGCACUGCUAUGAUGAGCACUCAGAGCAAGUCAAUUGUUGCCACUUCACCCACAACAGUCAUCCCCUUCUCUUAGCCACUGGGUCCAGUGACGGUGUCCUCAAACUCUGGGAUUUGAAUCAAGAACCUUGUCGAAAUACCUUGUUCGGCCAUAACAAUUCAGCCAAUCACUGCAGAUUUUCACCAGAUGAUAAGCUUUUGGCCAGUUGUUCAGCUGACGGAACAUUAAAGCUUUGGGAUGUGAAAUCAGCAAAUGAGAGGAAAACCAUUAAUGUGAAGCAGUUCUUCCUGAGCUCAGAGGAGCCUCAAGAGGACAUGGAAGUGAUAGUGAAGUGUUGUUCGUGGUCUUCUGAUGGUUCCAGGAUAAUGGUGGCUGCCAAAAAUAAAAUCUUUCUUUUUGACAUUCAGACCAGUGGUCUAUUGGCAGAAAUCCAUAUGGGCCAUCACAGCACCAUCCAAUACUGUGACUUCUCCCCCCAUAACCAUUUGGCACUGGUGGCUUUGUCCCAGUACUGUGUGGAGCUGUGGAAUGUGGACUCAUGUCUAAAAGUAGCUGAUUGCAGAGGACAUUUAAGUUGGGUUCGUUGUGUGAUGUUUUCUCCUGAUGGAUCAUCAUUUUUGACAUCUUCUGAUGACCAGACAAUCAGGCUCUGGGAGACGAAGAAAGUAUGUGAGGACUCUGCUAUAGUGUUAAAGCAAGAAAUAGAUGUUGUAUUUCAAGAAAAUGAAGUGAUGGUUCUUGCAGUUGACAAUAUAAGACGUCUGCAACUCAUUAAUGGAAAAACAGGUCAGAUUGAUUAUCUGACUGAAGCUCCAGUUAGUUGCUGUUGCUUAAGUCCGAAUCUUGAGUACGUUGCAUUUGGAGACAGCGGUGGAACCAUUGCGAUUUUAAAACUUCCGAACAACAGGAUCUUACGAUCCAGGAUUGGGCACAAGAACACUGUAUGGCACAUCCAGUUCACAGCUGAUGGGAAGACUCUAAUCUCAAGCUCUGAUGAUUCUACAAUUCAGGUAUGGAAUUGGCAAUCAGAGGACUAUAUCUCUCUGCAAGCUCACCAGGAAACAGUGAAAGACUUUAGGCUCUUGAAAAAUUCAAGACUGCUCUCCUGGUCAUUUGAUGGCACGGUGAAGGUAUGGAAUAUCACUACUGGGAAAGUAGAGAAAGACUUUGUCUGUCACCAGGAUACAGUCCUUUCUUGUGACGUUUCUCCCGAUGCUACCAAGUUUUCAUCUACCUCUGCUGACAAGACUGCAAAGAUUUGGAGUUUCGAACUCCCUUCCCCUCUUCAUGAAUUGGAGGGCCACAAAGGCUGUGUGCGCUGCUCUGCCUUCUCUGUGGACAGUACCCUGUUGGCAACUGGAGAUGACAAUGGAGAAAUCAGGAUCUGGAAUGUGUCCAGCGGGGAGCUGCUUCAUUUAUGUGCUCCGAUUUCCACAGAAGAAGGAGCCGCUACCCACGGAGGCUGGGUGACCGACCUCUGCUUUUCUCCAGAUAGCAAAAUGCUCGUCUCUGCUGGGGGCUACCUUAAGUGGUGGAAUGUCGUCACAGGGGAAUCCUCACAGACCUUCUACACAAAUGGAACCAACCUUAAGAAAAUACAUGUGGCCCCUGACUUCAAAACAUAUGUGACUGUUGAUAAUCUUGGCAUUUUAUAUAUUUUACAGACUUUAGAGUAAAAUAGUUAAGCAUUAAUGUAAGUGGAACCUUUUUAAAUUUUGACUUGGAAAAAAUUGUGAUGAACUUGUAUUCCGACUUUUUAUAAAGCUGUGAAUUGUUUUGCAGUAUUGUUAUUCACUACAAAAGUGUUUGUGGUUGGGUGAGUAAUACUAAUGUAGCUUUUUCCCAAAUGAACACACUUUUAAUCUUGUUUUUCAUAAUCAUCAUCAUUAUUUUUAACAAUUUGUCUUUAAGAUGCAAAUGAAAAUGUAAAUAUGUUCCUUAUUAUACUGUUGGCAAAAUGAUCUCUUGAUACAUUCAAAUUGGUUGACAUAAUUAAUGAGGAUAAUUUGAAGGAAAUAUGUGGUUUUUAAUAUGCUCAUUAUGCGGCCCGUGCCUCAGACUAGCAGUGGCCUGCUUUCCGGCCACACGUACCCCACCGGGGUAUCCUUUUCCCAAAUACAAUCUGGGAGCUUAUUUGCACCCCUUAAAUUUGCUUUAAAAAUAUUGUGUCUGCGUGCAAAAUUUGCAGUACUACCUUUAAUUCACUAGAUAAGUGAGUCUUGGAUUUCAAAGUUUCUUUCUGUGCAAUAAAAAUCGUGUGUGCUGGAGAGAGAUUUUAUUGGUCUAUCUUUUUCUCACUAGCUGAGGCAGCCGGCGCCGCAGCUGGAGUCCAGCGGUCCGCCUCUGAGCCGCACGCCCUCCUGCUUUCUGACUUUUUUACGUACCAGACCUUUUUCUUAAUCUUCACUUUUUUUCUCUUUUUAAAAGCAAUUUCUCCACAGUAAAAUAUUAGUAAACCAGAUUAACUGGGGAGAAGCCAAUUGUAAUAAGUUUUAAUAACAGAUUUUUUCUAAGAAAUAUAAAAUGGUAAGAAGUCAUUUUCUUCUAAUUCCAUUUACUUUUAGAUGAAUGGCAUUGCCAGUGCUGUUCUCUUAGUGAAUUUCAGAACCAGAAGUCACUGUGACUUCGGAUGGUGCACCAUUUACCCCCCAGCCAGUGUGCCUGCCUUCUCUUCUCUCCUAAUCUGCUUCCCUCCCUCCCUCCCCCCCUCCCUCCCUCCCUACCUGGUUAAUCAGAAAAGAUAGCUUCUGACAGGGGAGAAGCCCAGCGGCAUCAAUAAUCAGUUUUUCUCACAUCUUGAUUAGGAACCUUAAUUGUAGCUUAAAGCUAAACAUUUUCCCAGAAAUUUAUUAAGG